CUACAAGGUCAGCAUUUGUCUCAUGGACAACACGGGACAUGCUACAUUUACCCUGUGGGACAGAGAAUGCAUAGAUUUCUUUGGGAAAACAUCAGAAAGUUUGAUGCUUGAAUUGGAGAAGAAAACUGGAGACACAACAAGGUUUCCUGAAGAGAUUGAGAGUUUGAUUGACCAAAAAGCACUUUUCAGAAUUCAGAUAAAGAAAAGAUCUGACGAAAAUACUUACAAGGGAACUUUUUCUAGGGGAAUUGUAUCUAUGAUUCGGACCGCCUCUGUUGUUGCAUUGUACGUAGAGGAUGAGAAAGAACAGACAGCCAAAGAUGAUACGACCCCAGAGAAGGUUGGCUCAAGCGCAAGCAUUGGAGAAAAGAUAGCAAGGAAGGGUAAACGUGUUUCAGCUGAGAAAGAGGACCGUUCUCCUAUUGACCUACCAGAUACUCCACCAGAAUGCACUCAGAGGGAGGUUGAAGUUGAGCUGACUGAUGAAAUCAAACGCAAUCUGAAUGAUGAGUUUUCUACCAAUGGAAAACUGAAGAAGCUCAAGAUGAAAAUCAAACAGGAACCCGGUGUUUAGGGAAACUAAGGAGUCAUUUACCAAGACAUUGUUUAAAAAAUCUCUUUUGCUGUUUUAAGGCUGUGUGUGCCUAAACUACUGUUUUGGAUGUGUUCGAACACUAGCACAAGGACACUCUAGAUUUGGGAUGAAAGACUAUUUG